UGACACACACACACACACACACACACGCGCGCGCACACACACACGGUUAGCUUAUGACGUCCAGCUGCCACUGCUAGCGUUUAACCGCUGUGGUUUUGCUUCCCCUCCCCAAAUAAAAAUGAAGUGCUGAGCGUGCCCUUGCGUGAUGUAUUUCCCCUUUGCUGUCUUCGUUGUAAUUGCGAUUGAAUCCACACACAUUGCAACAAACAGUUUUCCUCACACCGCCAGAUAACACGAACCAGCUGUUGUCUCACUUCACGGCUCUCGUUAGUCAAGCAGCUGGUUGUUAGGUAAGUUCUUACCAGCCAGGAAGUCACGACAGAUGCAAGUUAGCAUUAACGGGGAGUCAACUGCACUUUUAGUGCAAGUUUUGCAGUGAUAAAGGGAAGUACAGUCUGUCGUCAUCCUAAGCAACAAUAUUAUUAUCGUCAUUAACACUUUCAACAAUACAGUGAUGAUAAUGAAACCUUUUAAAAUGGUUUUCAAGUUCUAAAAAAGCAAAAAAAAUGACAGAAAUACAAAAUGGGGAAAAAAGAAUAAAUAACAAUGCACAAGAGCAAUAAUAUCAGUAAACACCUGGAAACUACAGCUCGAUUGAGAAGACACCUAUGCCCAGGGAAAUGUUUCUAUUCUCUGAGCUCCAAAAAUUUAUUCACUUGUAAGUCAAAACAUAAUCUAUCAAACCAGGUGUGCCACCUUGUGUUGACUUCAUGGUCCAUAUCUGUUGACUCAGUAUUGAUUAGUGAAAUCAACUAUUUCAUCCAUUCAGUUAAUAUAAAUGCUAUGAAUGUCACUUGAUGCAGGUUCUUAAAAUUUGAAUAUAGAAAAUUGGUCAUAUAUAUUGUACAUACAGUGGGUAAUUUAUACUGUUAGUCUUAGUGUAAGUGAAACGACACAUCUGUUAGUUGAAAUCAAUUUAACCAGAUAAUGAAUGCAUAUUUGUCCUCAGGAAGCAUAAUCGCACAGUCCCUGCUAUGUGCUUGGCCAUAAACAUUUUUUUCAGUGGUGGAAGGUGGUGUUUUGCCAACAUUAAUUGCUUAGGCAUGAUAUUUCAUAACUGGUGAAAUAAAUGCUUGCCUCUUUAAAGUUCAUCCACUGGUUUCAUUGCCCUUCUCAUCGGUUAAUCAUGAGUGGGCUAGUUGAAAGUGGAGUAUCUGCGUUUAUAAAUGCUACACCGCCUUUACUGCCUCUUUAUCCACUUCUUAUGCACCAGUAACCUGUUGUCACCACUGAGCUGAAUCCCUCACACGCUGUGUGAGCAGUAUAGACACUGAGAGUGAAUAGGGAGAAGCAAUAUAAUAAUUAUAGUUCCUGACCCUCCUCCUGGCCUCUCUCUAAGUGUUGCCAGGUCAGCUGGUUUUCCUGCUUGAGGAGAGGAUUGCUGCUGUAAUUUCUCUUCAGCGUGAGCUGUAAAUAAUAUUUUGUGCAGGGCAGCCAGCCACACUAUCAUUGAUGCAUGCAGUGCUGGUAUCUGAGGCUCUGGCUCUCUGCCUCCUGAUUUUUCUCUGCCACCCUCCCCUUGCCCACGGGAGGUACACGUGCAUCAUGAAGAGGGAGAAAGAUGGAGAGGAGGGAGAGUGACCAAAAAGGCACAGUGGAAGCCUCGUGUGUUUACUUGACUCUCACACUAUGAUGUGCCGUGCCGCUAAACCCGGAGUGUUUAGAAAAUCAUUAAAGAUGGCUGUGGGAACGAGGGGGCUUUUCAUGAGUAGGGAAGCUCCAGAGGUUGUAAUGCUCUUGACAGGAAUGCAAAAUCACACAGUUGCCUUUGAUGUUCAUUCAAGCCCUUGAAGGCAGCAGUGUGAUCUGUGCGAGGUGGAGCCUGGCAAAAAUGUGAUAGUAUUAUUGUGGAAGCCCUGCCUUGUGUUCAAGGAGAACAGUGCAAGCAAAUAAAAACAACAUCGCCCAUGCAGCACCUCAGUUUCCUUUCCUUUUGCACCAUGGUAACUACUAGAUCUCCUCCUACUCAGUAGCUCGGUUAAAAACCUCGCACGUGAAGUUUCAGUCUUUUAUUUGGAUUAUGUUACAGUGCUGUAGAAAAUAUUUCUUCUGCUCAGUGGUGAAGUACACCAAGGCCUCAUGUGAUGCAGUCACCAGUUAAGAGAAUGGAAGCUUUGGUAUGCACAAAAGCAGGAAGUAACCAUAUAGACAUAAACAAGGCUAACUUGUUUUUGGAUUCCACGAUCAAAAAAUGUGUGCUAAAAAUAGGUUUCCAUUUAAUUAAAAAAUCAGUCAGCUGUUUAAAUCCUUCUUUGGGAAAAUUCCAAAAAUUCUCCAGUGCCAGAUUGCUGCUUUUUGUCUUUGGACUUCACUUGUAUAUGCAAAUUGACAAGGAACUAACCUAACUGACAGAUUAGUUCAUAAUAAAAUUCCCAUCUGAUUCUGAGAGGUAGGUUUUCACUAAAACUGGUAGUUUCUCUUUACUAGCAUAAAAAGAAUUUGUUUGACAGCACUCACUGGACUGACCAAUGAUCAGAACAAUGGGAAUGGGAUGAUCUAAAAAAAGAACUGUAGAUUUAUAAGUUUUCUUUUGUAGCUGUUUCUAAACAAAUGCAGAAUCUAAGAUCAUCAGUUAAAAAAAGUACAAGUUAUUCUGAUAUGUCACCACCGUGCCAACGUCUGGAAGAAGACCCAAACUGUCACCAAAAUGUCAGAUGAGGGGAAACUGGUAAGGGAUCAUCAAGGCUCUUGCCAUGAACUGGAAACUUACAUAAUACAAAUAUCACUGUCUACAGUGAUGCAAGUUUUACACCCCCUUGGACUUAGUGGGUGCUGACCAAGGAAGAAGCCCCUGUUUCAGAAUUGACACCUUAAAGCUUGAAUGAAAUUUGCAGCUGCCCACAGAAAUGCCUUUAGGAAAAAGAUUUUAUGGAAAGACAAGACAUUGAUUAAAUAAGUAAACUUGACCUUGAUUGAGCUAUUUGGCUACAAUGACAAGUAGGAGGAGGAUUAAAGGUGAGGCUUUCAAACCAAACAACAUUGCACCAGCUGUGAAGCAUGGUGGUGUGGCAUCAUGUUCCAGGCCUGUUGUUCUGCCAGUGGUACUUCUACAUUGCACAGCGUGGAUAGAAUAAUGUAGCAGGACCACCUUCAAAUUCUUCAGCUUCGUUUACAAGCUUCAGUUGCCUACCUCAACAGAUAGACAAUUGAAGCUUAGACACAAUUAGAUUUUCUAGGUAGGAAAAUGAUAGUAAAUUGGUUUUGGAAUGGAUAAAGCGGAAUCCUGGAAUUUCAUUCCCAAAAAUAUGCGAAAAGUUAUGGAGUAAGUUGAAAAGCUGUGUCCAUGCCCCAGUAAACCAACCAGUUUAAACCGAUUCAAGUAUCUUGACAAAGUUAUGAUAGAAGGUUGUAAAUAACUGCCAAAAGCAUCUUGCUAGAUAAGGUGCAACUUGCUAAGUGACCUUUAAUCAAAUAUUAGUGGCAGUGUAUGUAUUUGAGAUUUGUUAAAGAUUUAUGCUGUACAAUCAUUUCACCCUGGCAACAGAACAGUUCAAAUAAAUCACUGAAAGCCUUAAAUUACAAUUAGCAUAUGUAAAGUUCUUCCUGCUGCAAAAUAUAGAAGUCUAAAACCACCUCUCCAUCUCUCAUCAAUCUUUCCAUGAUGAUCUGAGGCCUGCCUCAACUCUGAGACUACAUGACAUUACCAAAGAACUAGAAAGCAAGUCUUUUCCUGAGAGAAAAUGUUAUUAUAUGUCAGGGGUUUCGAGGUUUGCAUGUCAAAUGCUUUGGAAAUUCCCAGAGGUUUGCAAACCCGUUUGGCAAGUCGGUCAGCAGCACUCGCAGUUUUGAAAUGUACACAUCUUUCACAAACCUAUGUAGCAAUUAAUGUUGCUCACACUCAAGUGUAGGGCUAUAACAACAUUAGAAUUUCAAACUCAGUACUACUAUUAAAAAUUAAGAGUCCAUUGUCUUUUAAAUAAAUAUUAGAAUAACACUUGUCUGUAUAUUUAGCUACAGUCCUGUUUAUUUUUGGCUCAGCGACACUGGUGAGACCCGUGGCCACGGUUUCUGUCUAGUUGCUGAUGAUCUUUUCUCUGCCUCAAUCUGUGACUUUUAAGAGAAACAUAACACUUUCUAGACACAAAUAAUUAUGUUAAAUCAAUUUUUUAACACAAGUUGUGUGCUAAUUUUUUUUUAAUCCCAUUAAAUUAACAUUGUCUCUUUACAUUACAGAAUGUAGGACUGAUAAUGUUUGGUGCUUAGCUCCAUCAUUGUUGUCGUUUCAUUUCCUUAAUACUCAUUAUUAGAUUUUCUCCAGUUUUUUCCCUCCUUUCUUUUUUGUUUUCCUGCCUGUCAGCUUGGACAUUGUCAUACUACGCAUAUACUGUAAUAACUGAAAUGACACUAAUGAAAAAGUAAACCAGUAAAAGAAACAUGAGAAACACAAAAAGAGGAGCCUAUAGAGAAUUUAUUGAGCUCAUCUUGGAAAAACAAAAUGUGUUUGAUCAUAAUUCUGAUUGCAAAAGCUGCCAGACAAGAUGGGUUUGAAAUAAUGGUAAGUCAACAGACAGCUAAGGUAGCAGUUGGGUAUUUGCUAAUAGUUACAUGUAUAACAUUAACAUGUGUGCUGGACAGGUUAAUGUUUCCAAUAACUGGUUACUAUUUAUAUGUUGUUGAAAUGGAAGCUUUACUGACUCAACAAUAUACCCCAUAAAGACCAGGGUGUUACUCUUUAAGGUGCUUUUCUGUUUGCCAUGCUUCUGUUUGAGUGCUCAACUGGUAAAGAGUGGAGAGACUGUGUGAAGUAUGUAUGUUAGGCUGUAUGUCAGCUAGAGAAGAUGAAGGCAGUACUGUUUGUAUUAAGUAAUAAGAUUAGUAUCUCAUUAUAGGUGGGAUUUAUUAUUAUUUUUUGGACAACCCAUACAUACAUAAGCUGCCUUUGUUAUAAAGGACACUAAAAAAAGCAAGUAUUGAGGUGUUUUUAGAAUUUUGAUAUAGGUGCUUUAGGUCUCCAUUCUGGUCAAACCGCUACUUGAGUGAACUAUAUUUUAAACUUCCAGAUUUUAUCACAUGUCCACUUUUCUCAAUAAAAGCUGACUUCUCAUUCAGCAAUAAAAGGAAUUGUUUUUAUCUGCUGCUGUACAAUAAGAAAAAACAGUAUCUGCUUAUGGCUUGCAAGUACUGGGGCAACUACUGCAGCAUUACAAGCAUUCAGUUAUUGCAGCAUUAUCCGUCCUUCAGAAUGCUUCAGAUGUGUUUUUCCAUGCUGGUCUGGCUUUUGACAUGCUGACUACUGUUAACAACUAGUAGCACCUGUUGGAAACGUGCUAGGGGCUUUCAGUAACUGAUGAGAAUCAAGAAUUCCCGAACAGAGCUGUUACUCUUUGGUUAGCAGUAAGGGUAACAGUGCAUCUAAGUGCCACAGCCCAUAGAAGGCAUGUAAAGUCAUCUGAUUUAUCAGGCCUGUUUGAUUAGGGGAGAUGCAUAUUGAUUAUGUGUGCUCAGUUUUGCCGCCAUUAGUCUUGCAACCGUGAACUGGCUGGUGAAGAGAAUUGCUUACUCUGUUUUCUCUCAUCCUUCCUGUCUCCGUCUGAUCUCUUGCACUCUGCCCAGUAAUAGAAACACAGCAAAAGAAGCUCAUCUGCAACACACAGCGGGAUAAUAAAUAUAUUUAGCGUGGGGAGAGAGGUACCAUGAAAGAAUAAAUGGCCUGCUGUGAGAUAGUGGGCUGAUGAAAUAUAGUGGGGGAGACCGGAAAGACCUGCGUGACUCAAGCCUGAAAAACUGUAGUGAAUCUGGGGGUUAGAUAUGUUGCCUCUUUGCGCCUCGCAGUUUCCUUUCGAAUGGACGGACAUUUUCAGCCUUCCUAUAGUGGAGGGGGCAGUUCAGGCUCAAUACAAAGGGACCAUGGAUGGCUUUUUCUGGCAAUUUUUCCACUUCCUUUUAAAACCUGGAUUGAAUUCUCAGUUUGUACCUGUAAAUAAUUCAGGUUGCUUCAUUUAUUUUGAAUUCUCCUUACACUCCUCCUGCCGUUCCUGACCCCCACCUAUCCUCACCAGGCUAGUGGCACUCAAAAUGCAUCCUCAUCAUCCAUAUAUGUAUAAAGGCUCAUCCAGAGAUUUUCUGUGCUAUGGCUCAGCUCUAGCGUUACUCAGAGUGUUUGCAGUGAGAUGCGAAGAGAAUACUGAGACGUGUGUAUUCUGGGUGUUUGUGUUUUUUGCUUCGUGUCUAUGUCUCCAUCCAUGUGUUUGCGCAUGGAGGAAGUCGGGUGGGGACGUCAGCAUCUGUGCUGUUUCAUCAUCCCAGUUUUUCAUCGUCACCCAAAAUGAUAGGGUACUCGCUGACACAGAGAGAGAGGAACAGCAUGUUAGGAUUUAACGAAUGCUGGAAGAAAGACGAACGUGUCCCCUCCUACACGUUCAUCACUUAGGUAAAGCAACAGCCUCCAGUGAUUAUCUUCAUGGCAAACUCCUGGCUAGGAAGGAAGUGUUGUUUAGUCAAAGGGUGAAAGAUUUGUCUUUUUAAUGUGGCUACAGUUCACUGAGAAGAAAUGCUUUGUAGGAAUACCACAGUCAACCAUGCCUUCUAAGCAGUGGAAGCAGGGGAAAGAAAGGGCCACCAUUGAUUUUUGUCAUUAGUCUUGUUGCUCUCCUAUGCAGCGUCUUAGGAUAAUUAAUUGAGUAGUAAUUACAGUCAGUGUAGCUUGGUACAUUAUUAAAGAUAAUGUCAUCAGAGGGGCUGUAGCUGAGAUGGAGUUUUUUUUAAAGCUCGUCAGCAUUAGGACAUACUGUAAAUGCUGUUUUUUUUUUUUUUUGUUGGUGUUGCAUGGCUCUCUGCCAGUGUGGUGUGGGGGAGCAACCAUUGUAGUGUACUGCAGUUUAGAAACCCGUGCUCUACAUGGGGAAAAAAGCAGCCGCAUCAAGAACUUAUGUCUAAGUAGCUAAAUCUAGUGAUUUGUCUCUCACACACACACACACACACACACACACACACACACACACACACACGCGCGCGCAAACGCAAACAGAGUACAGAGAGUGUGCACUUAGCUGGAAAAACCAUACCCCAUCUAAGGCUAAACUACUUUGAUAUAUAAUUAAAGAGAAAUUUAAGUGUGACUAGGCUGUAGUUUAAAAUGUGCUUGCUUUUCCAGGCCUUAAAAUGUGAAGUCUGGAGGUUUUCUCCGUGAAAUCCCUGGAAAAUAAUGUGCUUUUCUCAUUCUCCGCAGGACUUUAAUUUAACUGGUUGAGAACAAAGUGAAUAGGUGAACAAAGUUCACACUCCUGAAGGCGGAUUAAGUUAUGUGUUAGUAAAUGAAUGUUUCAAGACUAAACCGGUUAAAAACAUCCAUGUCUAUAUUGUCUGACCACAGUUGUCUGUCAGCAGUUUGUGACUUCACAUGCAUUUCCUGUUUUUAAUAUUAAUGGGCUUUUAUUGUGUUUCUUUAAAUUUCAAAGGUCAUCUUUUUUGAUGUUACUCACAGAAAAUACUUCAGCUUGGGGAUGACCUUUAAAAAGCCUCUCAUGAAACCUGUUACUCACAAAACAACUAUGGCUUUUAGACAUUUUAUAAGUUGUCACUAUACCAAAAGUGUCGCUAUAUGUGUCUGUGACCAAAAUGUUUGAGGAAGUUGUUCCCAGUGCAAGGUCAUGAUGAGUUUCCCUCCUCCCUGUUGUCGAGAGAUGCAGUCUAAUAUAGGUCAGUACCAGCCAAUGGUACACUACACUCUGUGUCUAGUACAGCUGCAGGCAUGCUAGCGGAACAAUGAGCCUUUGCCUAUCCACAACAGCUCCUUAGGAUCAGCGCGCAGUUCAAGUUGGACUGUUAUUACUCUGAAGGCUAUUCAUCACAAUGUGCAAACAGCGGACAGAGGAAGAGAGUAGCCUUUAAUAUGGGGCCUUAAUUCAAUGCCAUAGGCCAAGUGUUGCUGAAUCCAUAAUGGAGUUUGGUGGUGAGGACAGAAGAGUAGGCAGUAGGACUAUCUAUGUUGGUCAUCGGCCGUGUCCUGCCAAUGAAGUUUUCAUCCCACCCAAGUUCUGCGAUAACAGGAUUGUGUCCUCGAAGUAUACAGUAUGGAACUUUCUACCAAAGAACCUGUUUGAACAAUUUAGAAGAAUUGCUAAUUUCUACUUCCUUAUCAUCUUCCUGGUGCAGGUGAUAGUGGAUACCCCCACCAGCCCAGUCACCAGUGGCCUACCAUUAUUUUUUGUGAUUACAGUAACUGCUAUCAAGCAGGGAUAUGAGGACUGGCUGCGGCACAAGGCAGACAAUGAGGUGAAUAAGUACCGAGUGACAGUGCUUGAAGAUGGCCGGAGGAUACAAAAAGAGAGUGAGAAGAUCAAGGUGGGAGAUGUUUUGGAGGUGGAGGAAGACGAGACCUUUCCCUGUGAUUUAAUAUUGCUGCAGUCUAGCCGAGAUGAUGGCACAUGUUUUGUUACCACAGCAAGUCUGGAUGGAGAAUCGAAUCAUAAAACACACUACACAGUGCCAGACACAGAGCGCGAUGUGGAAUCUCUCAACGCCACCAUUGAGUGCGAACAGCCACAGCCUGACCUUUACAAGUUUGUCGGUCGUAUGCACAUCUACAAAAACAAUGAGGAGCCUUCGCUAAGGUCACUGGGCCCAGAAAACCUCCUGCUGAAAGGAGCAACUUUAAAGAACACUCAAAGCAUCUGUGGUGUUGCAGUUUACACCGGCAUGGAGACAAAGAUGGCUCUUAACUACCAAGGAAAAUCUCAGAAACGCUCUGUUGUGGAAAAGUCUAUCAAUGCCUUCCUUUUGGUUUACCUUUGCAUAUUAGUGAGCAAGGCCUUAGUGUGUACUACACUUAAGUAUGUAUGGCAGAGCAAGCCUGGACAGGAUGAGCCCUGGUACAACGAGAAAACUCUGAAAGAAAAGGAAACCAAUCUGUACCUUAACAUGUUCACCGACUUCCUGUCCUUCAUGGUGCUCUUCAACUUCAUCAUUCCAGUGUCCAUGUAUGUGACCGUUGAAAUGCAGAAGUUUUUGGGAUCGUUUUUCAUAUCCUGGGAUAAAGAUUUCUUUGACAGUGAAAUUGAGGAAGGGGCACUGGUCAACACCUCGGACCUCAAUGAAGAGCUGGGACAGGUGGAGUACGUCUUCACAGACAAGACGGGGACCCUAACUCAGAAUAACAUGGAGUUCAUAGAGUGCUGCAUUGAUGGCCACCAAUACAAGUACAGGGAUGCGAGCUCGGAAGUGGACGGAUUCUGCGUUACAGAUGGACCUAUGAACACAGUACAACAGAAAGCUGGCAGGGAAAGGGAAGAGCUGUUUCUGCGUGCCCUGUGCCUGUGCCACACAGUCCAGGUAAAGGAGUCUACAGAGCAGGGUCAAGGUCAAGAUGGACGGAUAGACCAGGUGGAUGGAUUAAUGGUAGAUGGACAAGUGGUCCCUCCACUGCAGGAGCAGAGGGGCUUUAUAGCCUCCUCACCUGAUGAGAUUGCUUUGGUCCAGGGUGCAAUGAGGUACGGCUUCACAUUUCUUGGCCUCGAAAGUAAAACCAUGAAAAUUCUCAACAGGACAAAUGACGUUGAAAUGUAUGAAUUGCUUCAUGUGUUGAACUUUGACCCAGUCAGAAGGCGAAUGAGUGUAAUCGUCAGGUCAAUAUCAGGUGAAACACUGCUUUUUUGUAAGGGAGCCGACUCCUCCAUCUUCCCCCGAGUCAAACAGGAGGAAGUUGAAAAGAUACGCAUGCAUGUGGAGCGUAAUGCAACAGAUGGUUACCGGACACUGUGUGUGGCCUACAAACAUCUUACCGCUGAGGAGUAUGACCAGGUAGAUUCAGGAUUAAGGGAAGCUAGACUGGCUCUGCAGGACAGAGAGGAGAAGCUCAUGGCUGUUUACAACCAAGUGGAGACUGGAAUGAAUCUAAUUGGAGCUACUGCUGUUGAAGAUCGUCUUCAAGAGGAGGCAGCAGAGACUAUGGAGGCUCUGCAGGGAGCAGGUAUUAAAGUGUGGGUCUUAACAGGAGACAAGAUGGAGACGGCCAAAUCCACCUGCUAUGCUUGCAGAUUGUUCAAGAGGAACACAGAGCUGUUGGAGCUAACAGUGCGUACUCUAGAGUCUCCAGGAAAAAGGCGUGAGGACCGACUGCAUGACCUCUUGCUCGAGUACCACAAGAAAACUGUACAGGAUGCACCACCAGCAAAGACACGUGUUGCCAGGAAUUGGUCCAGCCAGGAUUAUGGUUUUAUAGUAGAUGGAGCCACUCUGUCGAUGGUGCUCAACUCAUCCUCUGAAAACAACUUACAUGACUAUAAGGACCUAUUUCUGCAGAUAUGUCAAAACUGCACGUCUGUGCUCUGCUGCCGCAUGGCUCCCUUACAAAAGGCACAGAUAGUUAAAAUGGUGAAGAACUCCAAAGGCAGCCCAAUCACCCUUUCCAUUGGAGAUGGAGCCAAUGAUGUCAGCAUGAUUUUGGAAGCUCAUGUAGGCAUUGGCAUUAAGGGGAAAGAGGGUCGACAGGCGGUGAGGAACAGUGAUUAUGCCAUCCCCAAACUGAAGCACCUCAAGAAACUUUUGUUGGGACAUGGGCAUCUGUACUAUGUUCGCAUUGCACACCUGGUGCAGUAUUUCUUUUAUAAGAAUCUUUGCUUCAUCUUACCACAGUUUUUGUACCAGUUCUUCUGCGGCUGUUCCCAGCAACCCCUGUAUGAUGCGGCCUAUCUGACGAUGUACAACAUCUGCUUCACCUCUAUGCCCAUCCUGGCUUACAGUCUUUUCGAACAGCAUAUUUCCAUUGAGAUGCUCCUGGAAAAUGCUACCCUCUACAGACAGAUCGGUAAGAAUGCCAUGUUACGGUGGGGACCAUUUCUCUACUGGACAUUACUGGGAGUCUUCCACGGCUUGGUCUUCUUCUUUGGUGUUUGGUUUUUGUUCAGCAACCCAGCCCUGCAGGAUAAUGGCCAGGCUUUUGGGAACUGGUCAUAUGGAACGAUUGUAUUCACCAUCCUUGUUUUCACUGUAACACUAAAGUUGGCUCUGGAUACACGGCACUGGACAUGGAUAAACCACUUUGUGAUAUGGGGUUCCCUGGCUUUCUAUGUGUUUUUCAGCUUCUUCUGGGGAGGAGUAAUAUGGCCUUUCCUGAGACAGCAACGGUUAUACUUUGUGUUUGCCAACAUGCUGAGCUCGGUGUCAGCCUGGCUGGUCAUCAUCGUGCUCAUCCUGCUCAGCCUAUUGCCAGAAAUCCUCUACGUGGUGCUCCGCAAGCCCCGCGGCCCUUACGCUCGACAGAAGAAGCUGGUUCAGUCAAGCGCAGGGGGCAUCCAGUCACCCCGGUCGUCAGCCAGGCCCCUGCUCAUGAGAACCUUUUCAGAUGAGUCCAAUACUGUCAGUUAAACAGCCAUCAUUGGAAUCCCUCCUACAAACAUCAAGAUUGCAGCAGUAAUGCCACUAUCGUACAAGCAUCUAAAGGAGCGCGACUAAAAGGCAUCGAGGACUCAUAACAGUCACGUCAACCUCAUUCAGGGUCCCGUACCAAGGAAGACCGUCUGCCAUCUGAAAGGAGGAGAUGGAAAAAAAUCAGAAGAAACACGUUCGGUCCUUUGAGAGGGUUUAAAAGUCUUUUGACUUGUGUGUCUCCUUCUCCGUCCUUCGCUGUCCAACCUCAAAAAGCAGCCACCUCUCAUGCAUGCUUACAGAGCAGUGCUCUACAUUCUUUUAUACAGUAUCUACUUAGACCCCAGGCAUGAGUUUUCUUUUUUUUUUUUUUUUUUGUACCUUACUAUAGAAACGAAUGCAUACAUGGCUGCCUUGUCAGUAGCUCUAUUCAUCUGCUGUUUUAACAAGCAGCUGAAAUAUCCACUUCAAGAAUGCUAAAUGUGCAUGAAAGAAGGCUCAAAAGAACACAACUCCACCAACGUUUAGUCUCUGCAUUCUACAAGCUUUUUUAAUAUAUUAUCAACAGUUUCAGAGGUUAUUCUACUUUAGUGUUAUUACACUUUUCAACUGUUAAGUUUUAAAUUGUUUCAAAUAUUUUAGUAAACACACUCAACGGAUCCAAAUCAUUUGGGAUGAAAAGUUACUGAAUGUGAUUUCAGCCCAGCUCAGAUCAGCUUAACGACUGUUAAAGUGGUUUUCUGGUUGUAGAUGUUUAUUUGUAUCUAGUAAUGCCAUUUAUAUUGAAUAAUAAGAUAUGAGGGGUCAGCAGAGGUCAUAUCAACCCUCAGUCCAAAAACUGUGUGUGUUUAUGUAAGGCUAAGAAAUGCAUUAGAGAUUUUAAGGAUAUUCUGGCAAUGAGACAUUGCUUGGAGCGUCACCUCCAAUAUUCCAACCUCAGAGAUAGUUCAAGAGAGUCAGAUUUGAAUGAGAAAGUUAAUAUAUGUACAGUAGUAUAGAGAUAUAUUGUUAGCAUCUGCUCGAAGCCAAAAACAUGAACGCAAUGCGAUCAGUCUGUCCGCACUCACGUGCCCUAAAAGUGAUGUUUUGUUGUAUGGGUGUGACACAAGUGUAGGGCAAAUGCACUGGGUGAGAAUAGCCACAAAUGCCUGUGUGUAAUGUAAACCAGGAUUACUUGAAACCUUACUGAUGUAGUUCUGUUAGACAUUUUCUGCACUAUUAAGGAAACUGGUUUCUGCAUUGUGUAGAUGGUCACCAAGGCACAUGAAUAUAUGCCUGAGCGCACACACGCACAUAUCAGAGAAGAACAUUACACGAACAGUAACCACCUUACACAUAAUGUCACACAUGUACUAGAGCCUAAAUGAGGUAUUUGUAUUCUUAGCCAUUUACAAGUUUGCUUAUUUUGUCUCAGUCAGGCUGAAGUUGGGGAUUAAAGAAAACCAGCUUCAUCGGAAUAGUUAAUGCCACUGUGAGACUCUACUCUCUGGAGUGGACCGUUCGGCCCCUUGUUUCUUCCUUUAACUUGUGUGUAGUGCUUCAUACAUUCCAUUUAAACAUAAUUACAUGAUUUCAGACUCUUUUGAUGAUGCUUUGGUUUGUUUCUUUUUUUUCCCCCUUUCUUUUCUUCACAAGUGUAUAUUGUGUACUUUGCAUAUUUAUUAAGUAAAUGUAAUUUGACUCACAAAUGUUAUAUUUUUUAUUACUUUCAGUUUUAAAUUGUGGAGCGUGUUCUGCUUUGUGUCAUUUUAGUUGGCCUGUUUUACUACAGCUCUGUUGUGAGACUGUGCCAGUGUCAUUAAAUAGUCAAUUUUAUCUACACAAAGGCAGGCAGACCCUCCUCUGUGAAGACAUUCAGCAUCCCAAAAUUAGCCUCGGACCCAAUGCCACUACUUUUUGUCUGGUGGUUUAACUGCAAGUUGAAGUUGAAAGCGAUCAUUGUUACUGAUUAUUUAUGUUUAGAUGCCAAUCUGUAUAGAAUAUGUCUUUAUGAUGAUUUUAACUACUGCUUCGCUGAUCUCUGCUCAAACAUGCUGUGUAUUAAAUCCCCCUGACUGUAACCUAAAUAGCUGUAAAAAUAAAAUUUAAAAAAAUCAUCUGCACAAUGGCAAAUGCAGCUGUUAGGCCUAAGGGACUUUAAGGAUUUAUAUGGAAAGCAGGGGUUUUGUUUUGUUUUUGUUUUGUUUGGUCACCUAAAGACCUGUGCCAGAGAUAACUGGAUGUAAGAUGAUUCACAGAAGGGGCUGCCUGCUUUGUUACCAGAUAUAAACCUUUAAGUUACAUAUAUAUGGAAAAAAGAAAUGCUAUUUUCGAAGCUUAAAAUGUGUUCAAAUCUAAUUUUGCCUGUCUAAAUUAAAAGUAAAAAGAAUGGAUUGUAUUUUUAAUGCAACCUUUUUCCAGCCACUUUUUUUUAUAAAAUCAAAAUGUUAAAAAAAGAAAAAAAAAAAUAAGCACGAGAGGCUUUGUGGUUGCGGACCCUGUCUGUGAGGGGUGGAGGUGGGCACAGCAGCAGUUCUGCACAGCAGGGACAUCUUGCCACCUCCAGCCUUUUGGGUCUCCAGCUUCAACACUCUAAACCUCCAAGCUGAAUGUACCUCUUUGAAAAAAAAAUUAUAUUAAAAACCAGAUGUUGUUCUUUAAUAAAGCAGAAUGUUUUGAAGAUAUA